GAAGCAGCAUUUACUGCACUUGGUCGUCAUGGCGGACACAAGAGAAAAAGCGUUGCAAGACUACAGAAAGAAAUUGUUGGAACACAAAGAAGUUGAUGGACGAUUGAAAGAAUUGAGAGAACAGCUUCGAGAACAAACUAAACAAUACGAGAAAUCAGAGAAUGACCUGAAGGCUCUUCAAAGUGUUGGUCAGAUUGUUGGAGAAGUGCUCAAACAACUCACUGAGGAGAAAUUCAUUGUCAAGGCCACCAAUGGUCCCAGAUAUGUGGUUGGAUGUCGUAGACAGUUGGACAAAUCACAGCUGAAACCAGGAACCAGAGUGGCUUUGGAUAUGACCACACUCACCAUAAUGAGGUAUCUGCCCAGGGAAGUGGACCCUCUGGUGUACAACAUGUCCCAUGAGGAUCCUGGUAGCGUCUCCUACUCUGAGAUUGGAGGCUUGUCUGAACAGAUCCGCGAACUGAGAGAGGUGAUUGAACUGCCUUUGACCAACCCUGAGCUCUUUCAGAGAGUGGGGAUCAUCCCCCCAAAAGGCUGCCUGCUCUACGGGCCUCCAGGCACUGGGAAGACUCUUCUUGCCAGAGCAGUAGCCAGUCAGCUUGACUGUAACUUUCUUAAGGUGGUGUCCAGCUCCAUUGUGGACAAGUACAUUGGUGAAAGUGCUAGGCUGAUCCGAGAGAUGUUCAAUUAUGCCAGAGACCACCAGCCUUGCAUCAUCUUUAUGGAUGAGAUAGAUGCCAUUGGGGGCCGUCGUUUCUCUGAGGGAACCUCUGCUGACAGAGAAAUCCAAAGGACUCUGAUGGAGCUGUUAAACCAGAUGGAUGGCUUUGACACGCUGCACAGAGUCAAGAUGAUCAUGGCCACAAACAGACCUGACACCUUGGACCCCGCCUUGCUGCGGCCCGGCAGACUGGACCGCAAAAUUCACAUCGAACUGCCCAAUGAACAGGCUCGUCUGGACAUCCUCAAGAUCCAUUCCAGCCCUAUCACCAAGCAUGGAGAAAUAGAUUUUGAAGCUAUUGUCAAGCUGUCGGAUGGUUUCAACGGCGCUGAUUUGAGAAAUGUGUGCACAGAAGCAGGAUUAUUUGCCAUCCGCUCUGACCGUGAGUACGUCACUCAGGAAGAUUUCAUGAAGGCUGUGCGGAAAGUGGCUGAUUCAAAGAAACUGGAGUCCAAGCUGGACUACAAGCCUGUAUAACCUCUUUGUCAUAGUCCUUUUCUUUACCAGAUAUUUUUCACUGCGUUGCCAUGAAUUGCUGUGUUCUAUGCUUUAAAGCUAGAAAAGUGUGUUUAUGUUUGUGGGAAGCAAUAUCAGAAAAUAUACAUUGUCCUUCCAAAUGCCAACAAUGACCUUCUGUCAGUAACAUUAACUCUUGUCUCCACUUGUUAGUGUUUACACCAGAUCAAAGUGGCUGAUCGUUCUGGAAUCCUACAAGUCUUGUAUAAAAUUGCAUAAUGUACUGAAAUAUACCAUUAUAUCUUAAGUUCUGUGUUUUUCAGUAUAUUACCAUUCAUUCUUUUCACUUACUUAAGUGUGAUGAAAUUGGGCAUCUCAGUGGCUGCAUUGUCCAGAACUUAAGUGAACACAUGCCAUUUUGAGCACUCUGACCAUGGAAAUAGUAUUUUGACAACACAAAAUAAAAAGUCUUGACUCAUGGUA